AUGAUUGUUGAAAAGGCAAAGAAAUUCGGCCAAGAUUUAGGAGUUGCUGAAAGUGAAUGUAAUUAUUCUGAUGGUUGGCUCAGAAACUUUAAGUUUCGGCAUGGAAUUCGAAGACUUGAUGUAACUGGAGAAACCCUUUCAGCAAACCAAAACUUUGCAGAAAAAUACAAAGACGAGUUUGAGAAAAUCGCAACUGAUAAUGAUUUAACACCUGAACAGAUUUACAAUGCUGAUGAAACAGGGCUAUUGUGGCGAUGUUUACCAACAUCUAUCUACACUAGCUGGGGGAGGAGAAAAAGCAGCCAAGGGUUUUAA